CAGGCAGCUGAAGACAGUUGGUUUCCUAUGAGCUGCCAGACAACAGAGGGAGCGGUGCUUUGUGGGAGGUGUCUGGCCCUUCCCCUGCUAGGGGAGGGAAUGAGACAGAUGGACGAGUCAGCCCAUCCCGACCCACAGAAACCAGCUGUCAGCCAAGCCUCCUCAGAGUUCACCCUGGCCCUGCUCAGUCUCGAUGGGGUCGUCCUCUCCCCAACCGAGAAUGACUUUGUCCACCAUGUCAAGGAGGAGCUGGACCGAUUCCUCCUGGAGAAGCAGCUGUCCAGGGUGCUUCUCUUCCCACCCCUCUCAAGUCGCCUCCGUUACUUGAUCCACCGAACGGCGGAGAAUUUCGAUCUCCUGAGCAGCUUCUCAGUUGGGGAGGGCUGGAAGAGGAGGACCGUCAUCUGUCACCUGGAUACCAGGUUACCGAACCUGGAUAACUUCACUCCCUCCUGCCCGGUCCCCGGCCGCCACGGCAAGCCUCGGAGGCCCCGGCCCAGCUUCCCCCAAGAACCAGCCCCUGCGUCCCGGGGUCCGAGGCCCAACCGGAGGCAGCGCGGCCGCAAGCCUGACCAGGCCCUGUAUGUGCCCCGGGCUCUCCGCAGGAAGGCCGAGCGAGGGGCGGACCCGGCCCCGCCAGGGCCGGAGCCCGGGGACAAGGACGAGGACCCAACUGGGGAGAUCCCCCAAGAAGCGGAAGACAAUGGCAGCGGGGACCAGUGUCCCGGCUCCAACUCCACGCUCCCCAGCCAGGCAGAGUCCGGGCUGGAGGGAGGCGUGAAAGACCAGAACCAAACGGCCCAGGGCAAACCCGAGCCGGACUCGGACUCGGUCGAGUUGGUUCCGCCCGGCUCCGGCUCCGGCUCCGGCUCCGGCUCCGGAUCCAGCUCCGUCUCCAGCUCCGUCUCCAGCUCCGGCUCGGGCUCCGGCUCAGGCUCGGGCUCCGAGAGCCAGCCAGAGAAGGGGGACUGCCAGGAGAGCGACUCCAGGCUUCCGCGGGCCUUGGAGGGUGGGAGCGAGCCGCCCCCGGCCAAGAAUCCGGAGGAGGAGGAAGAGAGCGGCUGUUCGGAGGACGAGCCUGCCGAGUUGAUACAGGAGAUCAUGGACAACCUGGUGGACCGAGAGAUUCAGAUUGAGAAAAUCCACCUGGACAGCUCCUACCUGGAGGACGAGCACACAACUGGGGAGAAUGGCUUUGGCCAUGUGGUGGAAAUCUAUGGGUUUGAGCCUUCCUUGAAGACGGAGGACAUCAUGGAAGUGUUUUCUGAAUUUCAGGAGAAGGGGUUCAAGAUCCAGUGGGUGGACGACACUCACGCCCUGGGCGUCUUUCCUUGCCUGUCAUCAGCCACUGAAGCCCUGAGCAGGGAUUUCCCAAUGCUAAAGAUUCGACCCCUCACUCAGGGAACCAAACAGUCCAAGCUCAAAGCCCUCCAGCGUCCAAAGCUCCUGCGCUUGGCCAAGGAACGACCGCAGACCAACACGGCCGUGGCGCGGAGGCUGGUAGCCCGAGCGCUGGGCCUCCAGAACAAAUGCAGAGAGCAGCUGGCAGCGGACACCGCCGCUGUCCAGCCUUGAGUCAGCACACCGGAGCCCCCUCGGCCCCAGGCUCUGGGGGCCGGCCCCCCUCCCGCCCGGCCCGAGGCCCGGCUCCGGACGACGGCCAUUCACGGAAGCAGCCCGGUGGCCUUGGGGAUAUUUUUAGUUUUUGAGAAGAAAAUUAAAAGUGGACUGGCUGAA